AUGAAGCUGGGUGUGAUCUCGUUCCGCGUUUUGUCGCUGUUUGUUUCUCUGGUUGCCGCUGAUAGUGGCAGCGAGGUCGACGCGCCGGCUUCGCAGGACGAAUUCGACACCACGUCAAGCGAGACAAUAAUCAAACCAGAAGACAUCAUCAUCGAAUCUGCUUCUUCGCAAGAAGACCAAGGGCAGGAGACUUCAGACUCGUAUUUUCCAUGGACGCACAAACCCAUCUGCGGGGAAGCGCUGAGUGAGUCGGGAGAUCAGUUCUGCAUAUACACAAAUGCGUCCUUUAGUAACGGGCGGGGCAUAUCUAUUCUCACGACUGUUGCUGUUGCGGAAGAGUUCGCUGCCCUGCCGCUGUUUCAAGAUGCUACAGCGCUGUCCUCCAAGGGGAUCAACGUCGAUACGGCCGCUGAUGAAAGGCCGUGGUACACGGCUGCCCUUCCAGGGAAGGGAAUAGGCAUGCUUGCUUCUCGGCCACUGCAGCGCGGCGAUCUGAUUACCGCGUACACGCCUUCGCUUCUUGCACAUGUUGGUGACUCGCUCUUCACGGAGGAGAGGGAGAGAUUACUCAGAUUAGGCCUUGAUCAGCUCCCAUCGACGAGCAGAGAAGCAUAUCUCGCCCUUGCCAAAUUCUACGAUGAGCCGGACGUGGUCGCUCAGGAUGUUCUGAAGGCGAAUGGAUUCGAUAUGCAAGUCGGUGGCUUGAAGCACGGGGCCGUGUUUCCGGAGGCCUCGAGAUACAACCAUGCCUGUGGGCCGAACGCGCAAUAUUUCUUUUCUGCCGAUUUAUUAACACACUACGUCCAUGCGGUGCGGCCGAUUGGGAAGGACGAGGAAAUCACCAUCUCCUACGCACCACCUCUGCGCCUUCACGCUGAACGCCAGGAGUAUUUCCAGUCCGUCUUCCGAUUCAAAUGUGCCUGUCCACGCUGCUCGCCGGGCUCCCACAGUAAGGAACGAACCAUAGAAGACUCCGACAGAGCUACCCAGGAAAUCAUCAACUUGCAAUACCAACUCUCUCAGUGGACGCCCGGCUCGACCGCGACCGUCAAGAAAGCCGAACAGCUCGUCAACCUAUACAAAGCCGAGGGCCUUGAAGGGUUUAUGGACCUCGCGUACGGACAUGCUGCGCUUACGUAUAAUGGUGUCGGCAGCGCAAGAGGUGCGAAAAAGUAUGCGAAUCUGGCGGUUGAGGCGACGCGAUUGAAGUAUGGGUUUGAUGCUGUUGGGCUGCAGAAGGCCGGCGAGUGGGAGAAAUUCGCGAGUGAUCCGAUGAGCCAUGCGACCUGGAGGAAGAGGAAGACGACAUAA